AAUGUCCAUGUGCUAGCGGGGGCGGGGCUGCCAGGGGAGGAGGAAGAUGGCGGCAGGGGCGAGGUGAGGUGUCGGCGGUAGAAAGGGGUUCAGGCGCGGGGGGGCGGGGGAUCCGGAGCGAUGGCCCGCGCCGGCCCCAGGGGCGGAUAAGCAUUCGUCGUACCGUGGCUGUAGGAGGGAGGGCGGGGAGGACACUUGGGUGCCACGAGAGUAUGACGGGGCUGUACGAACUGGUGUGGCGGGUGCUACACGCGCUGCUCUGUCUGCACCGCACGCUCACCUCCUGGCUCCGCGUUCGGUUCGGCACCUGGAACUGGAUCUGGCGGCGUUGCUGCCGUGCCGCCUCCUCUGCGGUCCUAGCGCCGCUCGGCUUCACUCUCCGCAAGCCCCCGGUGGCCGGCCGGAAUCGCCGGCACCAGCGGCACCCGCGCGGGGGGUCGGGCUCGGCCGCCGCCCAUCCUCGGUUGCGCUGGCGCGCGGACGGCCGUUCCCUGGAGAAGCUGCCGGUGCACAUGGGCCUGGUGAUCACCGAGGAGGAGCAGGAGCCCAGCUUCUCGGACAUCGCGAGCCUCGUGGUGUGGUGCAUGGCCGUGGGCAUCUCCUAUAUUAGCGUCUACGACCACCAAGGCAUUUUCAAAAGGAAUAAUUCCAGAUUAAUGGAUGAAAUUUUAAAACAACAGCAGGAACUUCUGGGCUUAGAUUAUUCCAAAUAUUCACCAGAGUUUGCGAAUAGUAAUGACAAAGAUGAUCAAGUUUUAAAUUGCCAGUCAUCAGUGAAGGUGCUGUCCCCAGAAGAUGGAAAAGCAGAUAUUGUGAGAGCUGCACAGGACUUUUGCCAGUUAGUAGCCCAGCAGCAAAAGAGAUCUACAGAUUUGGAUGUAGAUAUGUUAGACAGUUUACUUAGUUCAAAUGGAUUCCCAGAUCCUGAUUUAGUAUUGAAGUUUGGUCCUGUGGACAGCACAUUAGGUUUUCUUCCUUGGCAUAUCAGAUUGACUGAGAUUAUCUCUUUGCCUUCCUACCUAAACAUCAGUUAUGAGGACUUUUUCUCUGCUCUUCGUCAGUACGCAGCCUGUGAACAGCGUCUGGGAAAGUAGUCAUUCCUGGUUGUGUAAUUUGAUUUCAGGCUUUUGGAGAAAAGGACCCAAAUGACUCUGAUGUUUACAAAGCACCUACGAAACCCUGUCCACACCCAAUCCACAAUCCUUAUAAUUUAUCAACAAACACAAAAAAGUGUCUUACUUGAGAAUGAGUGGGUGAGUGUGUGUGUGUGCACAUGCAUACACAGGCAUGUGUGUAUGAAAGUAAAUGUGUACCCAAGGGAAGUAUUGAAGAAGGAAGUACACAGAACUGCAACUUUGGACAAAUAGCAGGAAUGUUGAACAUUUGAAAUUGCAAAUUGAAGGCUUCAGUCCCAACUACUUCCCUGUUUUUGUGGGGAGAGGAAGGGAUCCUUAGUUCUGUUUGAUUGUUAUUUUGUGGGGAGAGGAGUAAUUUUUGUUCAAUAUUUCCUAGUGACCAAACUUUACUUUUUAAGAAUAAUAUAUUGACUUUGUUGAUUGGAAGCAUAUGAGGAAUCUCCAAAAGAAUGGAGUUCUGUAUUGCUCGCAUGUUAAAACUUGCAAGCUUUUUAGAGCAGAGGGAAUUACCUGUCUUCAAAUAUCCGUCCAUUUUCAUUUCUUACUUCAUUGUGGUCAAACAAUGUGACUUGAGAGUAUGGCUCUGGU